AUGGGCUGCAACGUCUCUUCAAAUGGACAAUUUGAACCAGAGAAAUACGAUUCAAUUUGGAGCGCAUUGCCAAGUGUGCAAACACCGAUGGAUGGAAAAAGGAAGAACUCGAAGAUUAUGAGAUUGAACAUCGUGUCAACGUUUAAAGAUUUUCGAAAUGAACGUGUUGCAAUACAUGAUUUGCUAGAAGAUAGAGAAAUUGUGAUGGCGGCAAGAGCAAAAGGGGUCAUUAUUCAAUUGGAGGAUUUCAAUGCUGGACAAAAGGCUUCACUCGAUGAUCCUCACUCAAUCUAUGCACUCACUCAUUGCCUUUUGGAGAGUCAACUCGACAAUGGAAAUCCCUAUUAUAUACAUUUGUUUGGUGAAGUGUUGGGUUAUGUGAUUCGCCCUGAUUUCAAUGAUCAAGAGUUUUUAAAUCGUUUCGGUUUGAGGAAAGGACUCGCGUUGUCUGAGGCAUCUCUUGUACUCUCAAGACUCAACAAUCCAAAUGGGAUUUAUUUCCGACGAGAUGCCUCAUUCCUGCGAGAAAUCCCCUUUCAUGAGCCGGUGUUCAUCGAUGAAACAACCAGCCGUGAUCGUGCAAAUUAUCUCGCAGAUAGUGUCCAGAGAAAAGUCAAUAACUAUCACAUCUAUCAGUGCACCACCGAGGGAAUCAACAACACAUACAACAAAGCUGUCAUCAUGAAAGGCCUAGAAUCACUAAAACAAACAGUGAAAGAGUUCAUUUUGUCGCAUUUGGCUACUGACUUUUCGGCAAGGACAUCAAACGAGAAUGAAAAUGGAAAGAAUGAGAAAAGGAAAAGAAAACAUUCGAAAUUGAAUGACGAACAUGAGACGGCUAUUCUCAAAGUAAUGGCUGCAGUUGAAACGCAUGAUGUGAUUUUGAUUCAUGGAGAUUAUGGAAGUGGGAAAUCGGCAGUUCUUGCUAAGCUUGCUAAAGAUCGAUCAAUUCCUUUGUUCUUUGGGCAAUCUGGAAAGGAUCUCAAAAAUCAAAUCAACGAGGAAAACAAAGAGAUUUGCAUUGAUGAUAUUGAUGUGUUAUCCAAGGAUGAGAUCCUUGCAAUUUCUUCGGAUUUUGUGAAAAAGAAUGGCAAACUUUUCGCUACUUCAAGAAAAAUCCCACGAGCUUUAGUCAAGAAUAAUGGAGAGCUUAAAUUGUUCACGAUUCAGCUGGCUAACUCGGAAAAUCAAGAUCACAUCAAGAAUAUCUUAUGUCAAUAUUUGACUUUUGUCUCACCACAAGAGGAAAAUGAGUCAAUGAUGUCGAGAACUUUUGACUCGGAGACGAUUAGAAUUGCGGAGACAAUUAUGGAAAGGACGAGUGCACGAGAUGAGAAUGAAAUGGAAGAGGGCCUAAGCGCUCGAUCUGAUAGUGGUGGUUGGUCGACGGAGAAAGCGACAAUCCUUGGCUCAAUGGUUCGUUUUGGAGCCAAACCGACGACAGCCAGGGAAUUGAUCAAGUAUUCAACUGCAAGCAUUUGUGAAGCUGAUUUGCAUUUGAUGGAGGCUGAGAUGAGGGGACAUCUUCUCAUCGGAUCACUCUGUAUCUUGACCAUAGCCAGUGAUGGGAUUGAAGAGAGACAAUUGCGGAGAUUACUAGCACCCGAAGAUCAGCUCCUUCCUGUGAGCUUUAAGAGGAAAGGGCGUGGAUUGAUCUAUGAUUUUUGCGAUGAUCGAUAUGGGAAACGGGAAGAGGUACUUGCAUUGAGAUGGAGAUAUGUGCGAAUGCGAAUCGGUUAUUAUCUUCAAAUGGUUGACUUGGAUCGACACGCACUCUCGAUUUCACCUGUCUGUAAAAAAGUUGUUCAAAAGAGAUACUUGAGCAACGAGCAAACUCUGGAACACUUUCAACGAAUGAUGCAACGGAAA